UUGGAAGAGCAUCCCUUCUCCGGCGCUCCGCUCAGUAACAGUUACCUCGUCUCGGCAGCGGGAUCACGGAGAACUGUGGGACUUCACUGCAGGAAAACGCAGCCGUUCACGCGCGAGGAGCCUAUAUAAAUUGCACGCCUCACCUGGAUAAACCCGCCUUCAUACGGAGAGGAAAAGGAGAAGAAGAAAGCUAUUCCGAGUGUCGCAGCACAGCGGGCUGAAGGAAGCGAGAAGAAUAUGAUUCUCAAGCAGUAUUUGUUCUUUUCCCUUUACUGCUUCUGUGGGAUCGUUCUAAAAGGGACGGCAUCGAAAAAGGGGAGAGGUACCCAGAGCCAGUUCCCCAUCACUCAGAAUGUCACCGUGACGCAGGGGGGUACGGCGAACAUGACCUGCCGCGUGGAACACAAUGACAACACCUCCCUCCAGUGGUCCAACCCGGCACAGCAGACGCUGUUUUUCGGAGACAAGAAAGCUCUGAGGGACAACCGGAUCGAGCUGAUCCGGGCCUCCUGGCAGGAGCUGACCAUCAGCAUCAGCGAGGUGUCUCUAACGGACGAGGGCCAGUACACCUGCUCCCUCUUCACCAUGCCCGUCAAGACCACCAAGGCCUACCUCACCGUGCUGGGCGUUCCGGAGAAGCCGGAGAUCGACGGGCUCCCGAAGCCGGCGGUGGAAGGGGAGCACAUCACGCUCACCUGCGUCACCUACGGCAGCAAGCCCGCCGCCGACAUCAGGUGGUUCAGGAACGAGAAGGAGAUCAAAGGUGCCAAGGAGGUGAACGCCAGCGGGAAGACCUUCACGGUCCGGAGUUCCCUGCAGCUGCAGGUGGACCGCAACGACGACGGUGUGGCCUACACCUGCCAGGUGGACCACGUGUCCCUGGCCUCCGCCCCGCAGCAGGCCAUCGAGGUGCUGGAGGUGCACUAUGCCCCUCGUGUGGAGAUCGUGCCCUCUCUCACAUUCCCGCAUGAAGGACAGUACUUGAAGUUGGACUGUGUAUCCAAAGGAAACCCUGUGCCCGAGCCAGUGAGGUGGACCAAGGACGGGGCGGAGAUCACGGACCUGGAGAGGAUGAUCGUGGAGGGCCGGGAUCUCACCAUCAUGUCGCUGAACAAGACGGACAACGGCACGUACCGCUGCGAAGCCCGCAACGACCUGGGCAUCAGCGCGGCCGAAUACACGCUCUACGUGUACGACGUCCCCACCACAAUGCCUCCGCCUCCGACUCCCCCCCCUCGAGCCGCGCUCCCAGACACCACCGCUUUGUUAGACACCCGCGUCACCAAACCUGCAGCCACCGGCAUUGAGAGAGACCCCAAUGCCAUGGAGCAGAGCGGUCCUGACCAUGCAUUAAUCGGAGGAGUCGUCGCCGUCGUUGUCUUCAUCACGUUGUGUUUGAUAAUUGUGCUGGGGCGAUACCUGGCGCGGCACAAAGGGACAUACCUGACGAACGAGGCGAAGGGGGCGGACGACGCGCCGGACGCAGACACGGCCAUCAUAAACGCGGAGGGGAACCACGCGCACGCGGAGGAGAAAAAAGAGUACUUCAUUUAGACUGGGUCCCCCCCCUCCUCCCCCCGUCCUCGCGGAGACGCAGCCAAUCCGCUCCCUCCAUGUCGGCUUUUCUCCUCUUCCUCCCCCCCUCCUCCUCCUCCUCCUCUUCCUCCUCUCUUCUUUUACGCCCCUUCCGCUCUUUAUUUAUCUCUCCGUUUCGUUUGCGUUCGGUUUGUUAUUUUUCUGCCCCCCUCAGCCACAACCUCCCCUUACGUUUUUCGUUGGAUGGUUUUUACAAGCAACUAGCUGUGGAAAGAUGUCGCCUUUUUCUAUUUUGUAUCUGUGAAACAAAAAACCCUCCACAACCGUUUUAGACCAUUUUAACUCCCCCCGCACCCCACCCCCCAAGCUCACAAGCCCCCCCUUCUCCAUGUUGUGUUUACGCAGUGCCUAAAUAUACAGACAUACUUUGAAUUUCAGUCAAUGCCUUCAUUUAUUUAACUGACAAUGUAACUGGUUGCUUGCUUUUUUUCUUGAAAAUCAUUGUUAUGAUAUCGGUUAUUAUUAUUAUUAUUAUUAUUAUUA